CUAAAGGACCUCGAGGUGGCCGAGCUGGGGGACUCCGAUGUCCACGUCAAGAUGUUGGCAGCCCCCAUCAAUCCCGCCGACAUCAAUAUGAUCCAAGGGACCUACGCCAUCCUCUCCCCGCUGCCAGCCGUGGGAGGGAACGAAGGUGUCGGGGAAGUGCUGGAGGUCGGGCGUCGUGUGGCGGCUCUGAAACCCGGGGACCGGGGGAUCCCCGGACUCGGGACGUGGCGGACGCAGGGGGUGUUCCCCGAGGAGACGCUGCUGAAGGUGCCCAGCGACAUCCCGGUGCUGUGCGCCGCCACCCUGAGCGUCAACCCCUGCACGGCGUACCGCAUGCUGACCGACUUCGAGACCCUGGCGCCGGGUGACUCCGUCAUCCAGAACGCGGCCAACAGCGGCGUGGGCCAGGCUGUUAUCCAGAUCGCCAAAGCCUUCGGCAUCAAGACCAUCAACGUGGUGAGGGACAGACCUGAUCUCCCAAAGCUGGUGGAGAGGCUGAUGGCCUUGGGCGCAGACCACAUCGUCACAGAGGAGAUGCUGAGAAAGCCAGAGAUGAAAGAUAUAUUUAAGAGCAUCCCGAAGCCCCGGCUCGCCCUGAACUGCGUUGGAGGCAAAAGCACUACGGAGAUGAUGCGGCACCUGCAGCCCAAAGGGACCCUGGUCACCUACGGGGGGAUGGCAAAGCAGCCCGUGAUGGUGCCUGUGGUGAACCAGGAGAGCCUGGCCAGCAUGAUGGACGCCUUGUGCCAGCUCAUCCGGAGGGGACAGCUCACCGCGCCCGCCUGCACCGAGGUCCCGCUGCAGGACUACAAGGCAGCACUGGAGGCAUCCAUGAAGCCCUUCACGUCCUCGAAGCAGGUCCUCCUCCUCUGA